AUGACAUCUGUCAGUUAUCGCUUAAAGAAAAAAUAUCAGCGUUGCUAAAAAAUAUUUUUCGUUUGUCGAUAUUAUUAAAAAUAUUAGUAAAUAAAAACUAACGAAAAUAACAACUCUCUCGUUUUUUCAUUUAAUUGUUGUUUUGUUUAAAACAAAAACCAACCAAACAUGGCGGAUCCCCUCAGUCUGCUGCGCCAAUACAAUAUCAAGAAAAAAGAAAUCGUCGAAAAGAAUUCACAAAUUGUAUUCGGUGAGUUUUCGUGGCACAAAACAGUUAAAACCAAUUACCUGAAAUAUGGUUCUGGCAAAAAUGGUUCCCUCAAGGAAUACUACUCCCUCGAGUGCUUGCUGUAUCUGCUGCGAAACGUCCUGCUGCAACAUUCGGUUUAUGUGCGGCAAUGUGCAGCGGAGGACAUACCCGCCGUCAAUCGGCCCGAUCGAAAGGAGCUGCUGGCCUACCUCAACGGCGAGACGUCCACAUGUGCUAGCAUCGACAAGAGUGCUCCUCUUGAGAUCCCCACACAGAUAAAGCGGCCAUUGGAGUCAGAUGGCUCUGGGCCGGAGAUAUUCGCAAAGAAGGCCCGUUUCGAAGACAUGCAGGUACAAAAGGUACGCGAACAACUGGCUGCGAGGUGGUCGGUCAACAGAAAAGAAGCCACAGUGAAUGUGGACAACAUUAAAUCGCUGUCCGAGACCAUGUCUGUGGAGAAGAUCGCUGCCAUCAAGGCCAAACGAUUGGCCAACAAGAGGAUCACAAUCAAACGACACGACAACGAAGACGUUAUGGGCAAUGACAUGAGGGCAAUUCUUGAUUUUGACGUGGACUCAACGAAGGACAUCAUAAGCCGAGAGCGUCAAUGGCGAACUCGAACCACGAUCCUUCAGAGUACGGGAAAGAUAUUUGCUAAGAACAUAAUAGCCCUGCUCCAAGGCAUUAAGGCGCGCGAGGAGGGACGCAACAGACCCCCACAGAACAUAAAAGUGCCGGAACCAGUGCGUGUAUCGAAGCCGCAGCAACAACUGGCCCAAUACAACAGAUACGAUCAAGAAAGGUUCAACCGGCAAAAGGAGGAAACCGAGGGAUUCAAAAUCGACACCAUGGGAACGUACCACGGAAUGUCCCUGAAGUCUGUGACAGAGGGUUCUAGUGCGCAGAGGAAGACCCAAAUACCGAAUAACUUUGGGCUGGACAACAAAAAUCCAAAAGUGGUGCCGUCGAACGUGCCGAAGCGAGUGUCCAGGACGCCCAUCAUCAUCAUACCCUCAACCAACUCGAGCUUGAUCACGAUGUACAACGCAAAAGACAUCCUCCAGGAUCUCAAGUACGUAUCGACGGAGGAGAAAAAGAAGGGCGGAUAUUCGCGGGACAACGAGGUGUUGCUGCAACGCCGAAAGAACAACACCACAGUGUCCUAUCGCAUCAUAGACAACCACCAGAAACUCGCCCCGCACGACUGGAAUCGCGUUGUUGCCGUCUUCGUCAUGGGUCCUGCUUGGCAAUUCAAAGGCUGGCCAUGGGAUGGCAAUCCAGUGGAGAUUUUCUCAAAGAUAUGCGCCUUCCACUUGCGAUUCAACGAAAUGAAACUGGACGGGAAUGUUGGUAAAUGGGCAGUGAACUUAUUGAAUCUGUCCCAGACCAAAAGGCAUUUGGACAGAGCGGUUUUGAUGUCGUUUUGGGAGAAGCUGGACAAGUACAUGUUGAAAUACAAACCGGAACUAAAGUUUUAAUUGUGUGUUUGCGCAAUUAUCAUCAAUCGAUUAAGUGGUCUGGACCAAUAUGGCGGCAUUGGCGUUGGCGUGUUAUUUGAAGUCUUUCUGCUUUUGAAGUCGUCCGCAGCACAGACAGAUUUCAAAAUCAAUCAACAUGGACUUUGUUCUAAGCUCUCAAUUUAUAUAAUUUUACAAGUCUAUAUAACCGAUUCUUCUUAUUUUUUGUUUUUCUUUUGUUCUUUUGGAUUAUAAGACAAAUAAACUUAUAAACAAAA